AUGUCAGUGGGGGCUCAUAUGAAUUUGCUGUUACCAGGAUUUGGGUUCUUGGAGAUAUCUUUUAUGCACUAUCAAAAGACAUCAGUCCAUGUCACAUUGAUGAUGUGGUAUGAAUCGGUAUCUCUGUCUUUGCUGACGACUAUCCCUGCCAUCCUUGACAACUUCGACAUCUUCAGCCACUUGCACUUCGACUUCAGAACCAAUGGAGGAGAACCUGACAGCAAAGCAGUGCAUAAGCAUAACGAAUACAUUGAAGAAAUUACAUUUGAAAGCUACAAGUUUAAUAACUCAUUUCCAGAGAGGCAUGAGUCGUUACAGAGGCUUCAGUCCAUCGCAUACACAUGGUGGUGUUCAUGGCCCACACCAACCCGCCUUAUCAAUCAGAUCAAGGCCCACAGCUCCAUCAUCACUAGCUUUCAUGCAACCGAAUGUAUUGAGUAUCCGCCAGAGCUCUGGAAGGAACUUCGGCACUUGGAAUUGGACCAUGUAACCAUUCACCAGCUCCCUGUCAAUAUUCUUACAAGGAGCUGCCCAGCAUUGUGUUCACUGGACAUUAAGGGUCACAGCCGAGAUGAAGGAGACUUCUACAAGGUAGCGCUCCUUCAGCAUCCUUGGACUCUGAAUAAUCUGUCAGACCUACGUGCCUAUAUCACAAUCGAGGGCGAGGAUAUAGCAACGCUUCUUAGACGGAUGAGUGAACUAAAAUGGCUAUGCCUCCCUAAGUGUAAAUUCGGUCAGCUCUCUUUGCAGGAGUUGCUAGCUGACAAGCAAGAAGUGAUGGAUAAUGGACAACUAGUACGAAAGACAAGGCUUUGGAGGCUUUGUGAGACAGUUGAGACGCUGGUAUUCGUGAUAAAUAGCGGUAUUGGUGGCCAGACUAUUUUAUCAAAAUGCCCACGACUGAAAAUACUGGAUGGAUUUGUAAUUACAGUAUCAGAGAUUGUCGAUGGAACAGAAUGGGUUUGUACUAGGUUAACUCGCUUGAAUAUCUAUCUUGAGGCAGAUAUUGAUCAGGAGACUGAGGGAGGGAUGGCAAAGGCACGUAUUGCGUUUAGACAACUAGGUAAACUGACUCGGCUUGAAAGUCUUGACCUAACAGGAUGGGACCCAAGGAGUCUAGAUAGACGGAGACUGGACAUGAGAUUAAGAGCAGGUCUGGAUGAACUAGCCAAUCUGAAGAGACUAAAUUGGCUAAGCUUCAGAUUUGAUCGCUGCCAGCGAAUAUAG